CAAAGAGAGAGAAUAAAAAGCGAGGGGGUAGAGAGAGAGAGACAGACAGACGGACAAGAGAAAGAAAGUAAGAGCAGCGCGGAGCCUCCGUUCCCCUAUACGCCUUCUCUCUCAAGCCAAACCUCUUCCCUGCGAUCUGAUCGCUCAAUUUUUGGAAACACUACUUUGCUGCAUUCAUUGCGAGUUUGUUUCAAACCCUAAAUCACACUUCCCCAGAUCAAUUUUUUCCCAAGAAUCUUUCAUUUUACUCUCGUCGAUCAUCUCAUCGACGGCCUCCUUCUUUAGACUAACCCUAAAAUGGCCAUGAGUGGUACUGCUUCCAAUCAUUCUCCACGACAUUCCCCUGAUAACGUUGACAGUCCUCAAUCACGGCGUGCAGUGAGGCCUGUUGUUUCUUCGCCGUGGAACCAGGUUGUUCGCGGUGAAUCGGAGCCAACUGCUGCUGCUCCUUUGUCUCCGUCGCCUCCGGCGACGCUGGUUGAAUCUUCCCCGGUCGUUCCGCCGUCUUUGCCGAUGGACGAUUCGAGCUCUGUCGGCGAGAGCUUGGACAACGGUAGCGUCCCGAAUGGCAAUACGGGUAAGAGACCUGCUUGGAACAAGCCGUCCAAUGGGGCUGAUUCUGAAGCUAAGCCGGUCAUGGGAGCUGUGUCUUGGCCCGCCUUAUCGGAAUCUACCAGAGCAACGAUGAAGUCGUCUACUGAAUCACCCAAAGGUGGAGUGGAUGGAUCGUCUGUAUCCCAAUUGCAGGGUGCUGGAAUCACACCUUCCUCUUCAAUAAGACAAGUUAGUGAUAAUGCAAACCCAAACAAUGUGGUGCCAACUCGCCAGAAAUCAAUAAAACGAAAUGGUCCAAACGCAUCAUUUAAUGGUGGCCACCAGCAACAAUCUGCACCUCAAGGUCAAAUAACUGCAACGGGUUUCCACAACACCUCUCCAAAGGACCAUACACAAAGAAGUGGAUAUGUGUCUCAAAACCAUAAUGUACAUGAUCACCCACAACAGCGUAAUUCAUUUAGGAAUCGUAAUGGUGGUCCUCAUCAGCGCGGAGAUGGUACUCAUCAUCAUAAUUAUGGUAGCAGGCGUGAACAAGAUCGUGGAAAUCAAGAUUGGAAUACUUACCGUAAUUUUAAUGGUAGAGACUCUCAUAUGUCUCCAAGAGUUUUUCCAAGAUUUAUGAGGCCACCUCCUCCUCCUCCUCCACCUACUUCUGGUCAAUUUAUUCCCCCACCACCAGUGCGACCUUUUGGUGGCCCUGUGGGAUUUCCUGAGUUAACACCUCCAGUGGUAUAUGUAGCAGCUCCACCCCCAGAUUCAAUUAGAGGUGUUCCUUUUGCACCACCAUUGCCACCUCAUGCUAUGUUUUUUUCAGCUCCUGAUCUUCAGUUACCUGCUAAAAUAGUCAACCAGAUUGACUACUAUUUUAGUGGUGAGAAUUUAAUUAAAGAUACAUACUUGCGGCUGAACAUGGAUGAACAGGGUUGGGUCCCAAUAAAAUUAAUAGCAGGCUUCAAGAAAGUCAUGCAGUUGACGGACAACGUCCAGCUUAUAUUAGACGCUCUUCGAACUUCAUCUGUUGUUGAAGUGCAGGGUGACAAAAUAAGGAGAAAAUUUGAUUGGAAGAGAUGGAUCAUGCCUACUUCUGUUCCUCCUGAUGUCAUGGGCUCCCAAAGUCCUGGAAAGGUUAGUCACGACAUGCUGCUAGCAGUACGAAAUAUUUCCUUGGAUCAUAAAACUAGCAAUGAUGCUGUGGGACAAUUAGAUAUUCCAUCUGACGCUUCACAGAAUAAAUCUUCAUUUGGGGAUUUGAACAACCAGCUGCAGCUUUCCACUGCUGAGGGAACUAAUGAAGUUGGAAUUCAAGGAUCUGAUCACUCUAUUUAUGCAAGAAAUUAGCUGUAGAUGUGCUUUAGCCCAAAUUUUGAGAAGAAUAUUCUUCAGAGGGAGUUGGGAAACAGGAAUUUAAGAGUGAUCUCACGAAAUUUUCACAGAUAAAGACUUCGCAGAAGGAGCAAUUGGAUAUAUGAUAUUUUCCGUGGUAUUUAGGAAGAUGCUAUUGAGAAGACAGAGCAAAAGAUAACAAGGAAGGAAAACUAGUGGUAAACCACCCCAUAAAAAAGGCACGUUUUUCCUCUUUAUAUAUGGAGCUAGUGGCAUGACUCUAUUAAUUGCCUUUUUUUUUUAAUGGGGUACGACUCUUUGAUGUUGGGAUGGUUGUUACUUCAAUCUGGGGAUUUUUAUUUUGCUUCCCCUCACUGCCCCUCAGCUGCUUUUUAUAAUCUUUGGGGUCGGCAUUACACGUGAGAUUGUGAGUGUUGAAUGAUUGGGCCACACAGUUCGUUAACUAGCUCUUUCCUCUGAAGAUAAGAAAAGGAGUAAAGAUGACUCUGCUGCUGGAGCUUGUCCUACAAUUGCAUUUUGUCCUUUUUUGGGUCACGUUACAUUCAAAAUGACAUUGAUGUUUACAUGCUUUUUAGACUUUAUGGAAUUAAACGUGCACAAAUUUUGAAGCAUAAAUGCCCUCAGUGGGCAGAUGAAAACUUAAAUUAUUCUAUCCAGGUUUUAGCUGGAUGAUGUUGGGGUUUUUAUCAAUUUGGACUUUGAUGUUGCAUGUUUCUUAAUUCCCACCUCUUGGUUAUUUUGUUA